AUGGAUACGUUACGUUUUUUAAUUUUGCUCUUAUGGAUGUGUAGCUGCAGGACAGGGCAGGCACAGCACAGUCUGCAGAAAACACAAAGAGAAGAUGCAGUAGUGCUGACCUCCUGUGACUUUAACCAGGACAGCGACCCGUUCUGCAGGUUCAGCCAGGACACCGCAGACAACAGUGACUGGACCCGACAUAAGGGUCCAACCCCAACACCUGGCACUGGUCCUAGCGGAGACUACCCUGAUGGAAAGGGAUUCUACAUCUACCAUGAGUGUGACAAUGUCUCUAAUGGGCAGAACGCUCGUCUGCUGAGCCCUGCCCUCUCACCAUCGGCCUCUCAGAUUUGUGUCCAGUUUUGGUACUACAUGUACGGCUCUGAUAAUCAGAAUACAUUGAAGGUUUUGGCCAAGAGACCCAGUGGAGAGGAAGAGGUCUGGAAGAAGACUGGAAUCCAGAGCCCAUCCUGGCUCAAGAGCUCCAUCACUGUGUCCAAACCCAGCAGUCAGAGUGUCAGCAUUGUGUUUGAAGCGCAGAGAGGAUCCUCUGCUUCCUGUGACUCGGCUCUGGACAACAUUGUUAUUACUGAGGGAGCAUGUCCCUCUUGUGUUUCUGGCUGUGAUUUUGACAAUCUUGGUGACCUGUGUGGUUGGACGACUCAAACUGAGAAUCCUGAUAUAUUUGGCUUUGAGCAGUGGAUUGGGCAAACAGAUACCGAAGGCACUGGACCUGAUGAUGACUUCUCUAAACCUGGAUUGGGUGCCUACAUGUUGUUGGAUUCUUUCGGAGCUAUUCCUGGGGUCAGUGCUCAGAUCAGAAGUCCUCUGUUAACCCCCUCCUCUGGCUGUCUGGACCUCAUGUUCCACUACUACCUGUAUGGUACCAGCACCACCAUGGAGCUCAGUGUCCACACCAUCACAGCAGGUGGAAGCCUUGGACCUGCUCUUUUCACUGUCAGGGGGAACCAGGGUCAAGCCUGGAAACCUGCAGAGGUCCGCUACCUGGGAACUGCUGCUAUUCAGUUUGUGAUCGUGGGUACCUUUGGAGAAACUCCACAGACAGAUAUUGCUGUUGAUGCUGUGUGUGUCAUGGCCUGCAAAGCUCAGCCAACAACUGCUUUACCACCAGUAACAACACCAAGACCAAGUACACCUCAACCAACAACUCCAAGACCGACUACGCCUAAACCAACAACUCCUGGGCCAACAACACCAAAACCAACAACUGCUGGGCCAACCACGCCAAAACCAACAACUCCUGGGCCAACAACACCAAAGCCAACAACUGCUGGGCCAACAACGCCAAAACCAACGACGCCAAAGCCAACAACUGCUGGGCCAACAACGCCAAAGCCAACAACUGCAGGGCCUACAACGCCAAAACCAACAACGCCAAAGCCAACAACUCCUGUGCCAACAACACCAAAACCAACAACUGCUGUGCCAACAACGCCAAAACCAACAACUCCUGGGCCAACAACACCAAAGCCGACAACUGCUGGCCCAACAACGCCAAAACCAACAACUGCUGGACCAACAACGCCAAAACCAACAACUGCUGGGCCAACAACACCAAAACCAACAACUCCUGGGCCAACAACACCAAAACCAACAAGUGCUGGGCCAACAACGCCAAAACCAACAACUCCUGGGCCAACAACACCAAAGCCAACAACUGCUGGGCCAACAACACCAAAACCAACAACUCCUGUGCCAACAACACCAAAACCAACAACUGCUGGGCCAACAACACCAAAACCAACAACUCCUGGGCCAACAACACCAAAGCCAACAACUCCUGGGCUAACAACACCAAAACCAACAAGUGCUGGGCCAACAACACCAAAACCAACAAAACCAUGUCCUCCUGAUGCUGAGUACAUAGACUGUGGUCCAGCUUGUAUCCCCACCUGUAUGGAACCCUCCACCAACUGUACUGGCUCCUGCAUCAGUGGCUGCUUCUGUAAACCAGGGUUUGUCUUCAAGGGACGCCGCUGUGUGCCACUGGAGCAAUGUGGCUGCCUGGAUGACCAGAAUAACUAUUAUGAGCCUGGUGAGAUUGUAUUUGGCGAUGGCUGCUCAAAGCUGUGUCGCUGUGCAGGGAACUACACUUUGGAUUGUGUUGAUAACUCCUGUGACCCCACCGAAGAGUGUCGCUAUGUUAAUGGUGUUGCGGGCUGCUAUCCUAAAGGCACAUCCACAUGCAUUGCGUCUGGUGAUCCCCACUACACCACCUUUGACAAACGCAAGUACAACUUCAUGGGCAGCUGCAGCUAUCUGAUGACUUCAGCCUGCAAUGAAACGGCACUGCCAUACUUUGAGGUCCAUGCUGACAAUGAAAAUCGCUAUAACAGGCCCACCAUCUCCUAUGUGAAAGCCGUGCACGUUUAUGUGCACAUGCUGAAGAUCUCCAUUCUCAAAGGUGGCACUGUGCAGGUGAAUGGGACCAAUGUAAAUCUGCCAGUGACUCUGCCCCCUAGUGUCUCUGUGUUCAAGUCUGGAAAGCACUACACUGUGUCCAUGAGCUUUGGCGUGACUGUUCGCUACGAUGGAAACCACUACAUGGACAUCAAAGUGAUCAAAGACUAUCAGGGCAAGCUGUGUGGACUGUGCGGCGAUUACGAUGGAGAUGCCAAAGACGACUUCCGUAAGCCAGAUGGAUCAUUGACCAACAACGCCAAUGACUUCGGACACAGCUGGAAUACUGAUCCCGAGUGUAAUAAGAAACCCAACACCACCAUCCCUGGAUGUGAUGAAGGACAGCAGGAAGUGUAUGAGAGCUCUGGAUACUGUGGCAUCCUGCUGGACAAAAAGGGUCCUUUCGCUGUGUGCCACCCCAAAAUCAACCCCAAUAGUUAUUUCAAGGACUGUGUCUUUGACCUCUGUGAGCUGGAUGGAGCUAAGCCCAUUCUGUGUGAAGCAAUUGAAGCCUACGUCAAUGAGUGCCAGGACCGUGGGGUCAACAUUGGACCCUGGAGGAAUGAAACUUUCUGUCCCCUGAGCUGCCCCCCCAACAGCCACUAUGAGCCCUGUGCAGACCCCUGUCAGGAGACGUGUUCUGGAAAACCUCCCUCCUGUGGUGGGCCCUGCUCUGAAGCCUGUGUGUGUGAUCCUGGCUACGUCCUGAGUGGCAGCAAGUGCAUCAAAAAGAGUUCAUGUGGCUGCAGACACACUAAUGGCCAGUAUUAUGAGCCCGGAGAGGAGUUUUAUGUAGAGGACUGUAAGCUGAAGUGUAGGUGUAAUCCUCCCUUCGUUACCUGUGUGGCCUCUGAAUGUCCCCCAAUGCAUGAGUGUAAACUCCAGGCUGGAGAGUUGGGCUGCUAUCCCACUGGCUCUCAGGACUGUGUGAUCUCUGGAGAUCCUCAUUACAACACGUUUGAUAAGAAGUUCUAUAGCUUCAUGGGAACGUGUACCUACACACUGGCCCGAACCUGCAAGAACAACACAGGUCCUUGGUUCUCAGUGGAGGGGAAAAAUGAGGAGAGGGGGGUGUCAGGCGUGUCCUACCUGAGAAAACUCUAUGUCACUGUGAAUGGAAUCACGGUGACCAUGAUGAAGGCCAGAAAGACGCUGGUGAACGGACGGCGGGUGGCCCUCCCUAACUCCCCCUCUCCCGUCAUGUCUCUCAGCCUUGCGGGUCAGUACGUCACCCUGCAGACACCUUUUGGUCUCCAGGUGCGUUGGGAUGGAAACCAUUACGCCCAGAUCUCAGUUCCCAGCUCCUACUAUGACCAGAUGUGUGGUCUCUGUGGUGACUAUGACGGCAACCCAGACAAUGACUUCACCAAAGCAGACGGCACUGUGGUAGGAAAUGUCAAUGACUUCGGGAACAGCUGGCAGACCGAAGAGGAUGAGGAUGACUCGUGUACCCCAGGCACCAAGCCUGACCCAGACUGCGACCCCAAACUUGAGGCUGAGGUGGUGAAACCAGACAAAUGUGGCAAAAUUAAAGACUCUGCAGGACCCUUCAGGGAGUGUAUCAGUGUGGUGGAUCCCACUCCAUUCUUCCAGAGCUGUGUGUAUGACAUGUGUCAGUUCAAUGGCCAGCAGCAGGCACUGUGUGACCAGCUCCAGGCCUAUACUGAUGCCUGCCAGAGCGCUGGAGCCAAAGUCCACCAGUGGAGGACUCCGGACUUCUGCCCCCUGGAAUGUCCUCCCAACAGCUCCUACUCCUUGUGCGUGAGUUCGUGUCCAGAGACGUGUCUGGGUGUGGUCGGACCGCCGGGCUGUGAGGACGUGUGUGUGGAGGGUUGCGAGUGUGACCCUGGUUUCAUCCUGAGCAAUGACAAAUGUGUGGCACUGAAAGACUGUGGCUGUGUGGACAACAGUGGAACCUAUCACCCUGUGGGCGAUGACUGGUACAUUGAGGGUUGUGGGCAGAAGUGUGUGUGUCACAGUGGAGGUUUUAUCCAGUGUCACAACAGCAGCUGUAAACCGACCACUGAGAGCUGCCAGCUACAAGAUGGAGAAUAUAAAUGCCAACCUCUGGGAAGUGGUAUCUGCUCAGUAUCUGGUGAUCCUCACUACACCACCUUUGACAAAACCACUCACCAUUACAUGGGAGCGUGCUCCUACACCUUGACCAAACCCUGCAACUUUUCCUCUGACUUGCCGUACUUCACUGUGGACACCCAGAAUGAGCACAGAGGGAGUAAUAAGAAGGUCUCCUAUGUCAGGGCUGUGAUCGUCAAUGUGAACGGUGUGACUGUCAUCCUCAGCAAGGGCCGCACUGUGCAGGUCAAUGGGACAGUGGUCGUCCCACCUAUCACCUCUAUCGAUGGAGUUCAGAUCUACUUGAGCGGAAAGUUUGUUGUCCUGGAGACCUCCUUUGGCCUGAGGGUGCGUUUCGAUGGGAACCACCACGCUGACGUCACUGUGCCAGUCUCCUACAAUGGCCUACUCUGUGGCUUGUGUGGAAAUUUCAAUGGAAACCCAAAAGAUGACAACUUGAAACCAGACAAUACACCAGCUGCUAACACGAAUGAACUGGGAGACAGCUGGCGUGUUCCAGACCCACGGCCUGACUGCACCGAUGGUGGAGGACAGGAGGACUGUGAUGAGGACGUGGAGGAGGAGGCCAAGAAACCCACCAGCUGUGGCAUGAUCACUGAUCCCAAUGGUAUCUUUAAGCCCUGCCACUCCAUCGUGCUGCCCGGGCCGUACUUUGAAAACUGUGUGUAUGAUAUGUGUGGCACUGGAGGUCAGACCGUGGCUCUGUGCCAGGCCAUAGAGAGCUACGCCGACAUGUGUGCUGCUGCAGGAGUCCCCAUCACAUGGAGGAACAACACCUUCUGUCCUCUGAAGUGCCCCCCAGGCAGUCAGUACACCCCAUGUGGCCCUGCCUGUCCCCAGCCCAGCUGUCAGGACCCUGCAGGCCCUGGUGGCUCCUGCAACCAGCCCUGUGUGGAGGGCUGCAUCUGUAACCCUGGUUUAGUUCUCAGUGGAGACAAAUGUGUCCCACUCAGUGAGUGUGGAUGUACUGAUGAAGAUGGACAGUACAGGCCGGCGGGAGACACUUGGUUCACAGAGAUGAACUGCUCUGAGCGCUGCAAGUGCAACGGCAACCACAACAUCACCUGCGAGCCCUGGCAGUGCAGCCCUGCACAAGAGUGUAAAGUGGUGGAAGGAGUACUGGACUGCCACUCUACAGGUAAAGGAGUGUGUCACGUGGCUGGAGAUCCUCACUACUACACCUUUGAUGGUGUGAUGCACACAUUCAUGGGCACCUGCACUUACACUCUGGUGGAGGUCUGUAACGCCACCAAGGUAACUCCCUUUAAGAUAGUGGCUAAAAAUGAGGAGCGUGGUCAGCCGGAGGCCUCCUAUGUUCGCUCUGUCAAAGUCUACCUGCCUCAUGACACUGUGGUUGAAAUGCAGAAGAGCCGCAGAGUUCUGCUGAAUGACCGACGGGUGCGAACCCCAGUGUCCAUUGAGUUGGCCGGAGCCAAGGUGAUAAGCAGCGGAGCCUACAGCCUGCUGGACACAAACUUUGGUCUGCAGGUGAAGUUUGACGGAGUCCAUCACCUGGAGAUAACAGUUCCUGGGGAAUACUUCAACAAGCUGUGUGGCAUGUGUGGGAACUACAACCACAACUCCUCUGAUGACAACCUGAUGCCCAACAAGAAACCAGCCAAGGAUGUGAUCGAACUGGGGAACAGUUGGAAAUCAGAUGGCGACAGUGAUCCUGGCUGUCAGCCAGACACUCGCCCAGACAUCCACCCCAACUGCACUGCAGAAGAAGAGAAGCUGUUCGAGGCUCAGUGCGCUGGGAUCAUCCUCUCCAACCGCUUCAAGCCCUGCCACUCUCUGGUGCCCCCCGAAGCUUUUCUAGGUAACUGUGUCUACGACAUGUGUGAGUACGAUGGCAUGCAGGCGACGCUCUGUGACAACGUGGAAGCGUACGCUCAGGCGUGUCACAGCGCCGGAGUCACCAUCAGCUGGAGGAACAACACCUUCUGUCCCCUGCCAUGUCCUCCUAACAGCCACUACUCAGACUGCACCACCCCUUGCCCCCCAACCUGCUCCGACCUCUUCCCCAUCUUCUGCCACCUCCCUCCAACCACCUGUGUGGAGGGCUGCCAGUGUGACGCCGGAUACGUGCUCAGUGACAACAAGUGUGUUCGUCUGGAGAAAUGUGGCUGUCUGGACCUCAGUGGAGAGUACCAUGAUGUGGGAGACUCAUGGCUGACAGAAAAAUGUACUAACUCGUGUGUCUGUAACCUUGGCGGCAAAAUCACAUGUAAGGACCACAGCUGUAAUUCCAACUCAGUUUGUGCCCUGGACAAAUAUGGAGACUUCUACUGCAAACCCACCAAGUUUGACAAGUGCAGCAUUUCUGGGGAUCCCCACUACCGAACAUUCGACGGUUUCGUCCAUCACUUCCAGGGUCCCUAUACCUACACCCUGACUCAGGGCCACAACCUGCAGAACUUCCUGUCACCCCUGUCGGUGAGGGGGAAGAACAUCAGACGUGGAGGGAACAGGAGGGUGUCGUUCCUGGAUGAGAUGUACAUUGAUGUUUACGGUGUCAAUGUUCGCUUCCUGCAGAAGAAGAUGGUCCUGGUGAACGGGGAACGUGUUGCGCCUCCUCUCAGUCCAGUUAAUGGUUUGACCAUCACCAUGAACUCCAGGCAGGUCCAGCUCACCACUGAUUUUGGACUCACUGUACGCUUUGAUGGCAACAUUCGUGGAGAGAUCAUACUGCCCAGCACCUACAAGAACUCUGUCAGAGGGUUAUGUGGAAACUAUGAUGGCAUCACCAGAAAUGAGUACAUGAAACCAGACGGGACGGUGGUCAGGGACCUGAACAAAUUUGGAGAAAGCUGGAGAGCCAGCGACCGACAGGCUGACGGACCGAAGACCUACGACCUCCCUAACACAGUCCACAUCCAUAGGCGAGAGGCGGAGACCGAUCCCGACUCAGGAUUUGAGACAUCAGACUGCUCUCAGUCUCAGCUCAGUGAUUACAACAGUGCGGCUCAGUGUGGAGCGCUGUCUGAUUCGAAGGGACCGUUCGCUGCCUGCCAUGCCACCCUGUCCCCGAAAACCUUCCAGGAUGACUGUGUGUUUGACCUGUGUGCUGAGCAUGGCAGUGCAGCACUGCGUUGUGCCAAUUAUGAAGCCUACGCCGCAGCCUGUCAGGAGGCAGGAGUCAGACUGGGAUCCUGGAGGCAGCAGCUGGACUGUGCCCUCUCCUGCGAUGCCAACAGCACCUACUCCUCCUGCAUGUCGCCUUGUCCUGCCUCGUGCGCCGACCUGGCAGCGCCCUCCGAGUGUGACACCUCUUCCUGCAUGGAGGGGUGCCAGUGCGCUGGGGGCUUCGUCAUGAGUGAGGGAACCUGUGUGCCGUACACGCAGUGCGGCUGCACCUUCCUCAACAGAUACUACCCCCUGAAGGAGAUGUUUGUGACUGAGGACUGUUCUCAGUCCUGCGAAUGCACCAGCACCGGCGUCGUGUGCCAACCCAAGACCUGCCAGGACGGUUACGUCUGCGCCAUCUAUGACUUCAAACGCGAUUGCUACAGAGCGAGUCCCUGCCUCAGCUACCCGUGUCUGAACGGAGGAACAUGUAAGGAAACCAGCAACAGCACCUACACCUGUCAGUGCGCAGAGGGUUUCCAGGGCACCAACUGCGAGGUGGAGGUAGCGCCGAGCGGAGGACUGGAAACCAAGUGGAUCAUCCUGAUCGUGGUUCUGGUCUCAGCCGCCGUCAUCAUCAUUGUCACCACCAUUGUGUGUCUUUGCAGACGCAAAGCCAAGAAAAAGAAGUGCGAGGAGAAAAAUCUCAGCUUGAAAUCAACAAGUGUUCCAUAUACAAACAUAACUGAACAAAGAAACGACAAAGUGACCGCUAUGUGAUGACAAACUGCUUAUUCAGCUGCUCUUCAAAGAAAAAUAAAACCUUGCAAGAAAUGAAAUUUUUAGUUUGUGUCUUGUGAAAAGUGUGAAUAUCAUAGAUGUCAUAGAUGUCAUCCAUAUGUCCAUAUGUUGCCUUCUUAACUUAUCCUUUUGAUGUCAUUUUAGUCAGAUAUGUGUGUGCCUUAUUAAUGCAAUGUUCACUGUAAUGUUUUUUGGAAUGAAAUA